CCAGAGCGCUCUGAGCUGACUGUCCCGUCCCCUGCCCCAUCUGCAUCUCGCAGGACCCUGGCUUGAAGCCUGCACACUAGCCUGCUCGCCAGGGGAAACUGAGGCCCCGCGGCCGGAGCGGGGCGGGUCUCCCGAGAGCGAGCCCCCGCCCCCGGCGGCCCCGCCCCGGCCCGAAAGAGCCCCGAGCUCGAAGCAGAGCGCUAAGUGGGGACGGCGGGCGGCGGCGCGAUGGCAGCGCAGCGGCUGGGCAAGCGCGUGUUGAGCAAGCUUCAGUCCCCGUCGCGGACUCGCAGUCCGGGGGGCAGCCCCAGUGGGCUGCAGAAGCGGCACGCGCGAGUCACCGUCAAAUACGACCGGCGGGAGCUGCAGCGACGACUGGACGUGGAGAAGUGGAUCGACGGACGCUUGGAGGAGUUAUACCGCGGCAGGGAAGCAGAUAUGCCCGAUGAGGUCAACAUUGAUGAGCUGUUGCAAUUGGACAGCGAAGAGGAGAGAAGCCGCAAAAUCCAGGGACUCUUGAAGUCCUGCAGGAAUCCCACGGAGAACCCCGUUCUGUCCUCAGGACUUCGUCCAGGAGCUGCUGGCCAAGCUGCGGGGCCUGCACAAGCAGCCAGGCUUCCCACAGUCCAGCCGCUCAGAUGACCCCAGCCUGAGCCCCCGCCAGGACCGGGCCCACACCGCCCCACCCUGACCACGCCGGCCUCUGUAUUCCAUCCCCAAACGCCCAGAUUGUUUCUAAGUUGUAUUUAAUGGUUCUGUAACUGCC